UCUGAAGCUCCGCCUCAUUUACACUCAUUUACAGUCUUUUACUCAGAUUUUACACACUUUCAGUCCACAUGAAGAGCUGAGCGCCGGUUUCUGUCCUCAUGAGCGGAUCUGAGCGUUUAUUCUCUGAUUAUCGAGAGUUUGAGGCCGGUUUGUCUUUCAAUGACGCCAUGAUGUUAUUUUUACCCGAUGAGCUCACGAGCGCCUCAGAGUUCACCAGGGCCGAGCUGAGCGACUCUAACUAGUUUAACUACCAUCUGACCAGCUCAUCUGAGGAUUUACUGCAAAAUGAGACGGACUGAAACUUUCACGGUCAGACGUGUGUGUGUGUGACUGUUGUGUGUGUGUGUCUCUGCAGGAGCUCUUGAUGAUGAAGCGCAGCGGUGAUGAUCGAGGUGCAUGAGCUCCGUCUGUAUGGAGCCCCUGUAAUGCUGUGAAAGAAACCCCAUCCUCCCACUGUCUCUCACACACACACACACACACACACACACACACACACACACACACAGUCUCAGUGUCAGUGAGUUUUUCCUCUAGAGUUUCCUCUUGCUCUUUUGGCCGCCUGCCGAACGCCAUCAGGGUGACAUCAUCAUCAUCAUCAUCAUCAUCAGCUGCGCUACAAUGGGACCGUUCAUCUCCUAAGGGCCGAGAGAGAGAGAGAGACGGACUGAGGGAUUGUGGGUAUGUGUGAGUGCGUGUGCGGCGCUCGGCCCAUCGGGCCCGAGGGUCUGGUGGCGCUGCUGGAGGGCGGUCUGGACCACGUGCUGCUGAUCGACAGUCGUCCGUUCGUGGAGUAUAACGCCUGUCACAUCCUGGAGGCUGUCAACGUCAACUGCUCCAAACUGAUGAAGAGGAGAUUACAGCAGGACAAGAUCCAGAUCAGUGAGCUACUGCAGCACUCGGCCAAGAGGAAGCUGGAGCUCCAGGGUCAAGAGGUCGUGGUGUAUGACCAGAGCUCGUCUGACCCCGCCUCCCUGUCACCUGACACCUUUCUCAGCGUCCUUUUGGCCAAGCUGGAGAAGAGCUUCCCAUCAGUCCACCUGCUCUCAGGUGGUUUCGCCGAGUUCUCGCACCUGUUCCCGGGUCUGUGCGAAGGGAAGUCCACGCUGGUGCCGUCCUGCAUCUCUCAGCCCUGCCUUCCCGUGAGCAGCAGCGGGCCGACGCGGAUCCUGCCGCACCUGUACCUGGGCUGCCAGAGAGACGUGCUCAACCAGGAGAUCAUGCAGCAGAACGACAUCGCUUACGUGCUCAACGCCAGCAACACCUGCCCCAAACCGGACUUCAUCCCAGAGUCGCACUUCCUGCGGGUGCCGGUCAACGACAGCUUCUGUGAGAAGAUCCUGCCCUGGCUGGACAGAUCGGUGGAGUUCAUAGAGAAAGCCAAGGCCAGUAACGCCCGCGUCCUGGUUCACUGUCUGGCGGGAAUCUCCCGCUCGGCCACCAUCGCCAUCGCCUACAUCAUGAAGAGGAUGGACAUGUCAUUAGAUGAAGCGUACCGGUUCGUGAAGGAGAAACGGCCGACCAUCUCACCCAACUUCAACUUCCUCGGUCAGCUGCUGGACUUUGAGAAGAAGCUGAAGAGCGACACGGCGGUCAAACCCAGAGCGGACGCGUCAGACGAGCAGAAGCCGUGCGGCUCGGACCUGCUGGAGCCGCUGACGAUGCCCUGCGUUCUGGCCGGCGUCCCGGAGGAGCAUCUGCUGGCUCGGGCACUCUGCGGCCUGCAGCUCGGAGAGGACCCGGAGGAGAGCAGCCGGCCCAAACGCUCCUUCUCCCUGGACAUCAAGACGUACGGCGAGUCCGGAGCGCCUCUGCGAGCGUUUGCCGACAAACCGCCCUGCCAGUUCUCACCGGUGCAGGAGGUUUCAGAACAAAACACACCAGAGCAAAGUCCAGACAAGGAGCGGGACAGUAAAGCCUUGUGUCCGCAGACGCUCCAGCGCAGCGGCAGCGUGGACGAAUCCCCGUCCGGCGUCCUGCCGCACUCGUCCGUGCUGAAGGGAUGGCACUCGGACAUCGUCCUCGGAGGCUGGUUCCUCUCCUCGGAGUCGGCGCGCUUCUACUCCACCUCGGCCAUCUUCAGCGGCGGCGGCUGCGCUCCGGGUCUGGAGGCGGUGAGGAGGCGCGGCCGGCAGCGCAGCGGGGACUGCGGAGACUCCCGGAGGAGCUGGCACGAGGAGAGCAGCUUCGAGAAGCAGCUGAAGCGCAGGAGCUGCCAGAUGGAGUUCGGAGAUGGCGUGUCGGAGACUCGCUCCGGAGAGGAGCUGGGAACGGUGGGCAGCCAGUCCAGCUUCUCCGGCAGCAUGGAGAUAAUCGAGGUUUCCUGAAGACUGACAUUACUCAGUGUCGACGCACGGCACUAGACGCUUGCUUCGUUUGGCGCUUCUUUCUCCCAUUUGUUCUCAUUAAAUUUGUACUCGUCUCUCGCAGGAUAUCCAGUACCUCAACAAUCCAAAUGAAGGCAAGACACUACGGGUGAAAAACUUAAAGGAACACUCCACUUUUUUUGAAAAUAGGUUCAUUUUCCAGCUCCCCUAGAGUUAAACAGUUGAGUUUUACC